CAACAAAUCCACCAAGUAAUUAUUUUAUAGGCAGAAGACAUUAAAUCACCCGCUACAUUACUAUGUUGCAUUUGUUUUAGUAAUAGCAGAUUGAUAUAAAAGACGCCAUGCCGUUGUAUUAUAUACUGGGUCUGAUUGUGACGUCCUCUGUUGUUAGUGCAUUUGUAAAGUAUGAAGAACUCAUUGCAAUAGAGGUCCCCACUGCAGCUCAAUGUGCGGGUGGUUACUUUGCAUAUGAUGGUAACUUUUGUAAAUAUUACCAGUGCCAAGCAAAUGAUGCGUUCGAUAGUGGAUUUGAGGCAUACGAGAGAUGGUGUAUGAAACCUUUAAAGUUUGACCCAAAGACCUGUUCGUGUCAAUGGCCUAGUAACAUUGAAGGCGGAGGCGACUAUGAAUGCCAUGAAGAUGAGGAAGAUAGUCCGACUGUAAUAGAUCUUGAGGAAUGUGAUGUCAGGGGCACAUUCGACCAAUGCUGUCAGCCGUGCAUUUCUUACUUUGAUCCAUUAUUCCCAGAGUUUCCUGGCCACGACUGCUCGAUGGGAAAAGGUCCAGCUUACACAGCGUGGGAAAAUAUGACUGGUUAUACUUAUUGUGAUGAGGGUCAUGCCUGCCCUGAAGGGGAAACGUUUGAUAUUGCGAAAUGUAGAUGCACUUCAACAAUUUGGUUUGUGGAUUGCUAUUACUUCCCAUUCUGGGAAAAUGGCACUCCAUUAGAGGAUGAAACUAACUCUGGUAUAAUGGGACCUGGAGACUGCACCGUCCGACCCAAUGACAGAAAUGGACUGGGGUGUGAUGGCGAUGGGGCACCCGCGACACUGGAUAUGAUGCAGAAACAAUGGUUGGGGCGCGGUUGGGCAAUAGGAGUUGCAUUUGACAACGCUGGGGAAGGUGUCCUCGUAUCAAAUGGGGACGAUGACGUCCCAGCAUCUAUUGAAUUCAUUAAGGAGAACACUGGUGCAGGAAUGUUCUUACAAGUUAGGCUCUUUGGCGAACAAGGGAAUGUUGAACUUUCCGUUCCAUACAUAACAGAUGGGGUGAAAAGAUAUAUUGUUUACAUGAAUGAUCGUGGAUAUAUCUCUCUCAUUAACGAAGAUAUGGACGAGGAUUCCGCUAAUCCUCCAUUCACCUGGGCACUUGAGGGUACAAAACUUCCCCUGCAGUUUGGAAUAUCCCCUGUAUUUAUCACCGAUGUUCUUGUGUGUUACUUCCCACCGACCACUCAAGGUGCUGUCGAUUGGGUGUUUGGAGGACCGCCACCAUCGCCACCACUUAUUGGUGUUUAGAGCAUGCUUAGUGUAGAUGACCCCUUCAUAUUUCAGUAUUAAAGAUGUGAUGGACUAGAAUUUCGGAAAUAUAUAUAUUAUACAUCCAGC